AUGUGUGCACUUUACUUAUUGGCCAUUAUAGCUGGAAAUUUAUUGCUUGAUAAUGAAAGUGCUCCCAGUUCUAGUAAUACAUCAGCAGACAAAGAUCAGUGUGCAGUUGUUGAUAGUGCUCAGAUUGUGGUGUGGAUGAAUAUGGACUCUUUAGCUGCACCCAAAUCCAAAGGAUCAAGUCAGUUGCUAAUCAGCUUAUGGUUUAAUGCUCUUGAUCAGGUCUCUCCAGGUGUCUUCAAUGAGAGGGUCUUUAGGUAUGUAAAAUGGGCAAAAGAAGCUGGAAUUACUGUCUCUUCAUCAGAUGACUCAUUCUUUUCAAACCCAGUUAUCAAAGAUUACUGCAAGGCUUAUAUUAAGGCAGUUGUGAAUAGAAAGAAUUCAUUUAGUGGAGUUAGGCAAUUUUUUUGGUUUACUUUUGAAUCAGAUGUGAUUGAGAUCAUUUUAGUGUUUUUGGUUUGGCUUAAGAUAUGGAUUGCUGAGAUAGCCGCAUAUAUCAAAAGCUUGGACAAAAGACAUCUAGUGACUGUUGGAGUUGAGGCCUGGAUACAACUAACAAGUUAG